GGCAGGAACCUGAUCCCGGCGGCCGCCGGGGGGGCCCGUCUGAACUACACGGUGCUGAUUGGGGGGGAGCCCUGCGCCCUGACGGUGUCAGAGACCCAGCUGCUCUGUGACUCGCCCAGCCAGACAGGGGAGCAGCCAGUCACGAUCCUGGUGGGGGGCCUGUCCUUCUCUCCCGGCUCCCUGCACAUCUACCCCGAGGCGGCCCUGCCCCUGGGGGCGCUGGUGGGGCUGGGCGUGGGGGGGUCCCUGUUGCUCCUGGCCAUUAUCGGGGUGCUGGUCGCCUACAAGCGCAAGACCCGUGACGCCGACCGGACCCUCAAGCGGCUGCAACUGCAGAUGGACAAUCUGGAGUCACGGGUUGCGCUGGAGUGCAAGGAGG